AAAUGUCAGAAUUUAAAAAUAUGAUGGAGGAAGUAUUGCGCGAUAGUGAAAAGCAUCAAGGCUUAGAUGCUAUUAUGAAAUCAAGUGUAAACAAAUUGACCUCAUCGAUUAUUGCAAAUUGUAUACCAACGAAAUUGGAACUAGAAGGUCGGCGUGUACCAGUAAUGGUUAGUGGAAAAACUCUCCCAUCAUUCCUACCUUAUGAACCCUCCGCACGUGCAGGAGGAUUCAUUGGUGGUCGCUUCUUAACUGGCAUAAAGCCGCAGGAAUUCUUUUUCCAUUGCAUGGCUGGCCGUGAAGGUCUAAUCGAUACAGCUGUGAAGACAAGUCGCUCUGGUUAUUUACAACGUUGUCUCAUUAAACAUCUAGAAAGCUUAAAAGUACAUUAUGACCAUACAGUUAGAGAUGGAGAUGGCUCCGUUAUUCAAUUUCACUAUGGAGAAGAUUCACUUGAUAUCACCAAGCAAAAACAUCUCUAUGAGUUUAAGUUUAAUACAGAAAAUCAUAAAGCAUUGUUACAAAAAUACGAUAUUGCAAAAGCACAAGUGUUAAAUACUUCUUGUGCGUCUAUUUACGCAAAGAAAGCUGCAAAAAAGCCUCAUGAGUAUGAUCCAGUUCUCUCUAAAUAUUCUCCAAGCACUUACCUAGGUUGCGUUUCCGAGAAAUUCCAUAAAGCUUUAGAGAAGUAUACGAAUGAGGAUCUGGAUGACUUAUUUAAAGCCAAUUCGAUAUCAAAACCUGCUUUUCGAAAGCUUAUGCAUCUUAAAUACCUUCAUAGCUUAGUUGAACCUGGCGAAGCAGUUGGGCUACUAGCAGCUCAAGGCAUUGGAGAACCAUCAACGCAAAUGACAUUAAAUACUUUCCAUUUUGCCGGAUUUGGUGCGAAGAACGUUACCCUCGGUAUUCCUCGUUUACGUGAGAUAAUUAUGACAGCAUCGGAAAAGAUAAAGACACCAAUGAUGACACUUCCCUUGCUUGAAAAUGUGUCUGAGCAAGAAUCUGCCAAAUUCUGUCAGGAAAUAAGCAAAUUAACUUUAGCUGAAAUUGUAGAUCAAAUGAUAGUAACUGAACAUUUGUCUAGUAAGCGAGAUAUGGAUGGGUCGGUUCGAUGCAGGAUUUAUAAUAUUCGCAUGCAAUUCUAUUCACGUGAAGAAUAUACGAAAGAAUUUAAUAUCGUACCUUCGCAAAUUGAGCGCGCAAUCGAGUCAAAAUUUAUAAAACAUCUUAUGAAUGCGAUAUCUACUGAAUUUAAAAACACUAAAAGCAAGAAUGAAGUUUACACUGAUAUAGCUCAAGGAAUAGAUAAAUUUACAAACAGAACAAGAAAAGAUGCUACAUUUGAUGAAGAUGAACCGAUUAACGCUGGUGGAGAUGAAUCUGAUGAUGGUGAUGGCGAUGCUACUAAUGCAAGAAUAAAUUCUAGAACCAAACAAUUUGCGACCUACGAUGGACCGGAUGAUGAUGAUCUUGAGAUAAUUAAGGAGAAUGACCUUGCAUUUGACAAUGAAAAUUCAGAAACGGAGGAUAAUAGUGAGUGGAGAGAAGAUACAGAUAACGAUACGGACCAACCACAAGAUUCAUCCUUAAAGUCGCGAGACAAAACUAAGCGAUCGGUUUUACGAGACAAAAUUGUAGCAUCUUCAAGCUGUAUCACCGAUUACCAAUUUGACCAUGUCAAUUCAAGUUGGUGUGAUAUAGAAUUGCGGUUUCCUGCUGAUACCAAAAAAUUGUUAUUGCUAAGCUUAGCUGAAGACGCAUGUAAAAAGACGGUUAUCCGUGAAAUUAGUGGAAUUAACAAAUGCUAUCCAAUCGCGAAUGAUAUUGAGGAAGACACAUCGAAAACUAUUGCAACUGAAGGAGUUAAUUUUCGUAAUAUAUGGUUAUACGAUAACAUAAUCGAUAUUAACAAAAUUUAUUCUAACGAUAUCGCUGCAAUACUCAAAAACUACGGCGUUGAAGCUGCAAGAGGAGCUAUAAUGAAAGAGAUAUCAGACGUAUUCGCAGCGUAUAGUAUCAAUGUAGAUCCAAGACAUUUGACACUUGUCGCGGAUUAUAUGACAUUUGAAGGAACAUUUAAACCAUUUAAUCGAAUGGGUCUUGCAACGAAUUCCUCACCUUUUCUUCAGAUGAGUUUUGAAACUACUUGCAAUUUCUUGACCCAUGCAACACUUAAUAAUGAUACUGAUACAUUGAAUUCGCCAUCAGCAAGGCUAGUACUUGGUAAAGUUGUACAAGGCGGUACUGGCAUUUUUGAAGUUCGCCAACUGUGUAAAACUUACUAA